AUGUUGACGUGAUAAAAAAAUCACACGUUUUUCUAAUCGAAAAUAAUAACAUUUAUGAAUGUUUUGAACAAAAAAUAACGUUUUUAACAGACUACUGAAAGACUGACCCAUUGAUUGGAACAACCACAUCACCGGGAACUUCAGUUUUUCAUUCAUUUUCACGCUGCGUUUUCCGGUGUACCAGCGGCCUGGUGGUCGUCAAUCUUUGAUUAAAUCGCAUGCAAGUUGUUGCAAAGCCCUAUUUGGAGACUUAAGUGGGCAUUUUAUGAUAUUUCAAAUGUGCUGAAUAUGAUCGUAGGCUCGGAUCAACGUAAAUCUCCGUGCAAAUACGUAAAAAGCAGGAUGGAAAUAAGGUCUGCACCGUCGUCACACCAAAUACCGUUGUAUUCUGACGAUGAAUUUAUUCAUUCUAGCUCAUGUGUAACAUUGAUAUUAAUUUUAUAUAUUGAAAUGAUAUCUACGCUUUAUGUAUUGCCCACUUUGGACCACAUCUGUCCAGUAGUUUCUGGGAAAUCUUAGUUUUAGUUGACUUUUGAAUGUGCUCAAGUUGCGACGCGUAAGGUAUUAUUAUCGAACCCGACGUCCAAGGUAACUGCCGAGAGCCGAGAUGCUAAACCAGUCCCAAAACAUCAAAUUUUUAGUUGCAUGUGAAUUUUAAAAACACAUUUAAGCUAAGUUUGCACACAUUUGAAAUUCAGCGUUUCCAUUUUUGGAACAUCGGCGUUUCCAUUUUUGGAAACUAAGUCUCCAUAAAUGGAUACGAUUAAAGACGUGAAUUUUAAUGCAUACGACAGCUUUCCAUGCAAGAAGACAAGUGCUUUUGGUGUAUCUGAGCUUGUUUUACGCGAAACAGUUGUUAUACAUCGAAUUCAGCCACCCUUGGCAAGAAAAUAUGUGCGGAGAUGUUAGCGUUUCUAUUUAUGGAACGAGCGUUUCCAUUUUUGGAACAGAAGAGUAGUCUAAAUUGGAAACGUUUCCAAUAAUAGAAACGUCUCCAUAAAUGAAUCGGAGAUACCACAGUGCGCCCGACUGAUUCUUAUUCUUCAGACCCAUUCAAAGCAAUGUCGGCAGUCCUUCACACCACCACCCCUACACAAUUUUGGUUGACUCUGCCCCAACAUCACCUACCAACCGACCCAAGAUAGAACUUCCCAAUACAAUUUUCCGUCUUGGUUGGGGUAAAAACAUUAUACCUAAACUACAAACUACCACUACAAGCUAUCCACUAAAAACAAGGAAUUUUGAGACAAAAUACCACAGCAGCCUGGAUAAAUCCCUUUUCAAGGCUAUAGAUAUAGAGGUUAAGACCCUAUAUGCCUUCAAAUAACAAAUCCAAAAAGAUAGGAACUUCAUAUACUGACUUGGGAACUUCGUGGGAACUUCCAUGCAAUUUACAAUUCAAAUUACGCCCUAGGGUAUAUAGUGCCUUGCGCCCUAGCUUAUUUUAGCGCCAUAAUUCUCUGAGUACAUUUGGCAGCAAUAAUUUGAAGAACUGCUGCUGCCAAAGCAUGAAAUAACUUCAAUAGGCCGAAAAGAGAUAAAAUUAUUUUAAAAAAUAGUUAUCAAAAAGGUUUUAAAUAUUCGUACCGUAUAAUCAUUUGUGCACUGUGACGAGUUUUUGGCAUGGUUACCCGUAUGGUUUGUGGAUAUUUGUUGAAUAAUGUAUUUUUCGGUCGCAGAUGGGUCAUAGAUUUUGCACUUCUAGACUAUUCUUAAAAUUCCUUUCAAUACAUAUAUGGCGCAGCAAAUACAAAAAGCGAAAGCCGGUGAUUUUCUUUGGAAUUCAAAUGUUAUAAAUAUGACGUCAUUAAUUGAAAUACUGCAUUUCUAUUCGUGGAAUUUAGCGUUCUAUGCCGUUUUACAUGUAACGACGUCAUAAUAUAAGGAAUAGCGAAUGCUUUCCCUCGUGACCAACGCGAACGCUUUGUUGAGAAGGGAGUGUCUUUUCGGUUUCACGGCGGCAGAGCAGGUGCAUUCUAGGCUAUUUCGUUUAUAAUUAUUUGAUCUCAUCUUUGUUAGUGGUGUGACACAGUUCAAUCAUGACACAGCCUGCUGCUGCCAAGGCACCCGCUCCUGCUCGAGCAGUGGGAUCAUCUAACCAGCAUUCCGCCUUCAAAGAUAAGACAAAACCUGCAGAAAUCAGGGCCAGCAGCAUCACUGCGGCAAAAGCUGUCGCUGAUGCUGUCAGAACCAGCCUUGGACCCAAAGGAAUGGACAAAAUGAUCCAGGAGCCCAAGGGUGAUGUCACAAUCACCAAUGAUGGUGCCACUAUCCUGCAGCAAAUGAAACUGGCUCACCCAGCAGCCAAAAUGCUGGUGGAGCUGUCGAAGGCACAGGACGCGGAGGCCGGCGACGGCACCACGUCGGUAGUAAUCCUGGCCGGCGCCCUGCUGGACGCGUCGGCCAAGCUGCUGUCACGUGGUAUCCACCCCACGGCCAUCUCCGAGUCGUUCCUGCGCGCUGGCGAGAAGUGCUCCGAGAUUCUGACCGACAUGGCCACCCCGGUGGACCUCUCGGAUCGCGAGAGCCUGCUCAAGUCAGCCUCCACAUCGCUCAACUCGAAGGUGGUCCACCAGCACGCCGGCACCCUGGCGGCAACCUCGGUGGACGCCGUGCUGAAGGUCAUCGACCCGGCCAAGGAUACCAAUGUCGACCUCAAGGACAUCAAGAUCAUGAAGAAGCUGGGAGGCGUGGUUGAGGACACCGAGCUCAUUGACGGCGUGCUCUUCGACCAGAAGAGCAGCAGCUUCGGCGGACCGACGCGCGUGGACAAGCCCAAGAUCGGCCUCAUCCAGUUCUGCAUUUCGCCACCCAAGACUGACAUGGACAACCAGGUGGUGGUAUCCGACUACGCGGCCAUGGACCGGGUACUGCGGGAGGAGCGGCAGUACCUGCUCAACAUCGUCAAACAGAUCAAAAAGUCCGGCUGCAACGUGCUGCUCGUACAAAAGUCCAUCCUCAGGGACGCGGUGAGCGACCUGGCGCACCACUUCCUGGCCAAGAUGAAGAUCAUGGUGAUCAAGGACAUCGAGCGGGAGGACAUUGAGUACGUGUGUAAGAGCCUGAACGUGCGGCCGGCGGCGUCUCUGGACCACUUCACGGCCGACACGCUGGCCACGGCCGAGCUGGCCGAGGAGAUCCAAACGGGCAGCAGCAAAAUGGUCAAGAUCACGGGCGUGCAGAACCGCGGCCGUACGGUGAACGUGCUGCUGCGCGGCAGCAACAAGCUGGUGCUGGAGGAGGCCGACCGAUCGCUGCACGACGCCCUCUGCGUCAUCCGCUGCCUCGUCAAAAAACGGGCUCUGAUCGCCGGCGGCGGCGCCCCGGAGAUGGAGAUGACCCUGCGGCUCUCCGAGCACUCUCACACCCUGACCGGAGUCGAGGCCUACUGUUUCCGGGCGUUCGCCGACGCCCUGGAGAUCAUACCGUACACACUGGCAGAAAACGCUGGUCUCAACCCUAUCGUGACGGUCACAGAGCUGCGCAACCGGCACGCCAAGGGAGAGAAGAACGCCGGCAUCAACGUGCGCCGCGGUCAGAUCACCAACAUCCUGGAGGAGAGCGUGGUGCAGCCGCUGCUGGUCUCCGUGUCGGCCAUCACGCUCGCCGCAGAGACCGUCUGCUCCAUACUGAAAAUCGACGACGUGAUCAACGUGGUCAACUGAUAAGCUGUGGAGCAGCUGUCUCCCGGCCACCCUAUCCGCCGUGGGCGUCCACUCAUGUUCCGUGUGAUUCGCCGCCCCCGCCGCCGGCCGCCCCUCGACUGACCCGCCCUGACCCGGCCGGAGGCGGGAGCGUACCAGUCCUGUUCAAUUAACGUUCUUUUCGCACGUCCGUCUUGCGCUGAUAUGAUGAUGAUAAUACAAAUAACGCACUUAA